AUGGAUGGUUUGAUAAACAAUGAAUAUGAUAAUCUUGAUGAAACUAUUCUUAAAAAUAUAAAAGACAUUGAAGCUAAAUUUCAAAAAUUAAAAAAUAUUGAAAGUACUGAUAAUAAAUUAAUUGAAAUUAAUGAAUUAAGUGAUAGAAUUAUACAACUAAAAGAGAGAUUAUCAAAUAUAUAUUUUCAAUUUCUCAAGCACAGUUCAGUUAUAAUUUACGAAAAGAAACUAAAAGAAUUAAUAAAAGAAAUUGAAUCCUUAAAAUAUAUAUUAAUUCAAAAUAGGAAUAAAAUUAAAGACAAUGAUUUGAAUUAUAAUUAUGAUGACAGUUUUUUUCUCCCUGAAAAUGAUUUUAUAGAUGAAGAAAAUGAAAGUAAAGAAUUAAUUAAUCAUCAAAUUGAUAUAAAUAAAUAUAAAUUAUCUUUUCAAAACAUUUCAAGUAAAAGAAUAAUCAAAGGAUUUGGAAAGACUGAAUGUUCUAGUUUACUUUUAGAUAAUUUAAUUAAUUGUGAAAUUAUAGUUCUUGAUAUUUUAAGUUCUGUUUUGAUACAGAAAAUAAAAAAAUGUACUAUUUGGGUAGCAGCAGUUGAGUCAUCUGUUUUGAUAUAUGAUUGUGUAGACUGUACUAUUUUAACAAAUGCUAAACAAAUAAGAAUACAUGAUACAAGUGAAACUAAUUUCUACAUUAAUACAAUGAGCUGUCCAAUUAUUGAAAACUCAAAAAAAUUAUCAUUUCUUCAAUAUAAUUUUAAUUAUGAUGGUUUGACUGAAUUAUUAAAAAAAAUUAAUAUAAAUAAAAAUUCAAAUAAAUGGAGAGAAAUAUUGGAUUUUAACUGGCAAAAUACUAAUGAAAAGUCUCCAAAUUUUCGUAUAAUUGAUGAAACACAAGAAUUUUAUAUUAAAAUAAUAAAAAGAAAUAUUUGGAAAAAUGAUGGAGAUAUAUCAAAUAAUAGUUAUGUCAUAGAAAACUUUCCUUCAUUUUUAAAAAGGGUAGAUUAA